AAAGACGACAAAAUCUCCACUCCCCACCCACCCACGCCGCUCCACACCCCUCGUUUUCACUGCUGCAGGAAAGAAAGGCGAAGCGGCUGCCCGUCUCGCCCUUCUGCUCCACAGACAACUCGGAUCCCAUCAUCCAAAUCCCGCCCCCCAGUCUUCGUCGACGCUGCACGACGCUCCCGAGCGCCCUGGAGCCACUGGCGCGGAGUCGGGGAGAGACGGAGCAGGGAUGGACCCUGAGAAGCGCGGCUACAAGUUCCAGGAGUUUGUGGCGCACGAUGCUGAUGUGAGGUCCUUGGCCAUCGGUAAGAAGACGAGCCGUGUGUUCAUCACUGGUGGCAAUGAUCGCAAGGUCAACCUGUGGGCCAUCGGCAAGCAGACACCCCUCCUGAGCUUGUCGGGCCACACAAGCUCGGUCGAGGCUGUGGAGUUUGAUACAGCAGAGGUGCUUGUGCUUGCUGGCUCAUCAAACGGCUCCAUCAAGCUCUGGGACUUGGAAGAAGCUAAAGUUGUGCGCUCUCUCACUGGGCAUAGAUCAAGUUGCACUGCUGUUGAAUUCCAUCCAUUUGGCGAAUUUUUUGCAUCUGGUUCAUCAGAUACAGAUCUCAAGAUCUGGGAUAUAAAGAAGAAAGGAUGCCUUCAUACAUAUAAGGGCCACAGCGGAGCAAUUAAAACGAUCAGAUUUACACCUGAUGGGCGAUGGAUUGUCACCGGUGGAGAAGAUAACAUUGUGAAGGUGUGGGAUCUGACAGCUGGAAAGCUUCUGCAUGAUUUCAAGUUCCACAGUGGAGAAAUCCGGUGCAUUGAUUUCCAUCCUCAAGAAUUUUUGCUUGCAACAGGCUCGGCAGAUCGAACUGUGAAGUUCUGGGAUCUUGAAACCUUUGAAUUGAUAGGUUCCGCUGGACCCGAGAGUACUGGUGUACGUUCUACAGUUUUUCACCCAGAUGGAAAGACCCUUUUCUGCGGGCUAGAUGAAAGCUUAAAGGUAUUCUCUUGGGAACCGAUAAGAUGCCAUGAUGCUGUUGACAUGGGGUGGAGCAAUUUAGCGGACCUUAGUAUUUAUGAAGGAAAACUCUUGGGAUGCUCAUACCAUGAACACCGUGUUGGUGUUUGGGUUGCUGAUAUAUCACUCAUUGGACCCUAUGCUCUUGGUGUUUUGCCGAAAGCAAAUUUUUUUGCUGAGCUUGUCUCAAUGGAUGAUAAUCCUGUGAAAUCGAAUGAUACCACUGUGAAGUCCAUUCGAACUGUAGCAACGCCACAUCCAAAAAACUCGUACAAAGUCCAGGAGUCUGGAAUUGCAGCUGAAAGCGGAGUUCGCGGCUCACAUUUAAUUCCUGCAAGUACGGAGAAAAUAAAGAAAGAUAAGAGUAGCACCAUUCCUCGAAGACCUGAUUCAUUUGUCAAACCAUCUACUCCAUUGCGGCAUGUGAAGCUGGAUAGUCCAUCCACCAAUAAAAAAUCUGCAGAACGCAAUUUCAGACAGAGGGACAUGCCAUUGUUAUCUCGUACAGGGAUAUCUAAUACUUCUUCAACCACUAAAAGAUUUCACCCCACAGAGUCGGUAACUGUGAAAGAUAUAUACACUACCCCGCAGGCUGUUUCUGUGCCUGUUGUCGUAUCCAGAGACAUUUUAGAGGACAAAACAGCAGGCAAUGUUAAUAGAGGAAUUGCAGGUAGAGCCACAGUCAUAGAUGAUUUUCACACUCCUGUUCACUUAAGAAAACCUUUUCCUAGUGGUGGUGCUGGUGAUAGUGUCAGCUCAGUAAGAUCCGUGCUCACUGAGCCUGAUGUUUGCUCGGAGGGUUUCUCUGGCUUAAAGUUCUCCUUUGGACUAAGUCAAUAUGGCAAGAAAGAAGGAUCGGAUGGUACAGAUAAAGGAGAUAUUACACAAAUAGCAGAAAACAUGGACAGAGUAGUGUCAUUGGAGCAUCCGGUGCAGUCAAAUGAUGACAAGUCAGCAUUUGAACCACCAUGCUCAACGACAGAACCAUCCAGGGUCAAAUAUGUUAGAGGAGUAGCCGUGCCACUAGGGAAAACUAAGUCUCUUGUUGAGAGGUUUGAAAAGAGAGAGAGUUCUAGCAUUGACUGUUCAUCACCAACUGGCUCUUGCAGUGACCACAUAGCAAGAGCUGACAGCCCUCCCACCAGUUUGGCAGGACCAAUUCAGGGAUAUGAAAAGGACUUGUCAACAGUGGAAGAAGUGAUGACUCCGAUUGAUCUGGUGCGGAACCAUGAAGAAUUCAUAAAUGUUGUAAAAUCUCGGUUGACAAAGCUAGAGAUGAUGCGGCAUGUGUUCAACCAAAAUGGUAUCAAAGGAGCAAUCACUGCAGUGGCAAAGUUACCAGAUAUCGCUGUUCAAGCUGAUGUUGUUAGUACUCUCAAAGGGAAGCUUGGUCUUUUCAACCUAGAUAUUUUCUCAGGCUUUCUGCCUGUUCUUGCAGGGUUACUGAACAGCAGGACUGAAAGGCAUGCUAUCGUUUCUUUAGAACUAUUAUUGGAUCUUAUUAAGGUUUUUGGACCAGUUAUCCGUUCAACAUUGUCAGCUAGUUCAACUGUUAGAGUAGAUAUCCAGGCUGAACAGAGGUUGCAGCGUUGCACCCGGUGUUUUAACCAUUUGCAAAAGAUUCUGCAAGCUCUACACCCGUUGAUUAUGCGGGGUGGUCAAUCGGCACAACUUGCUGAAGAACUAAACAUGUCUCUGCAAGACCUGGUGGUGUUCUAAAAUCAGCUGGAAGUUCAUUCGCCAAUUUUCCCCAUUUGUUACGACAGAGUGAUACUGUCAGAGUAGAUACCAUUCUUUUUGGCCUCCCGAAAAAUCGCCAUACAGUUGUAAUCUUCUGUAAUUGUGUUUUGGCUCGGGUUGGACCUGGCAACUGUUCCCUGUUGUACAUGUGAGCUUGGCUGUGCAUCAGUCUGUAAUUAACCUGAUUUUACUGCAUGGACAGCCCCGAACAAGGGAGUGGAAAUGGAAUGAAAGAAAGUUCUGCUAGUUAGUUUGA